AGGUUUCUGUUUCCAUACCGGACCACUGUGAAGCAGUUUGUGGAAGAAGGACUAAACAUUUAAGGAAUACGUUUACUUUUAAGCACUAAUUGCGAUAGGUUAUCUACGUCUCUGUUUAAAAAGGCCCACUGACGACGUAAGGCUUCGAUUCCUUCGGAGCUCGGUGCAAAGGUCUUGAGUUUUUUCCAUGGCACCGCCAAGAAAGAGCGUGUUACCGAAACCACUCCCAGACGGCUUCAUACUGACAGACAGUGAGAAAAAGAAAUGGAGGCUGGGGAAAAUCAUCGGUCAAGGUGGCUUUGGACUGAUCUAUCUUGCCUCCCAGGAUGUGGACAGACCUGUUGCAGCAGACACUGACUUUGUCAUAAAACUGGAAUACCAGGAGAAUGGCCCCCUGUUCUCAGAGCUCAAGUUCUACCAAAGGGCAGCCAAACCAGAGAGCAUGCGAAAAUGGAUGAGAAGCAGGAGACUUGACUUCCUGGGCAUCCCAACCUACUGGGGUUCAGGACUUGCUGAAUAUAAUAAUAUCAGGUAUCGUUUCAUGGUCAUGGACCGAUUGGGCAAAGACCUUCAGAAAAUCUGCAAUGACAAUGGAGGUCGACUGGAAAAGGCCACUGUGCUCCAGCUUGGUCAAGAACUGGUGGAUGUACUGGAGUAUAUCCAUGAGAAUGAGUAUGUCCAUGCAGACAUUAAAGCUGCCAACCUCAUGCAGGGUUACAGAGACCCUAAAAAGGUCUACCUAGCAGACUAUGGGCUGUCCUACAGAUACUGUCCUGAUGGAGUUCACAAAGAAUACAAAGAGAACCCCAAGAAGGGCCACAAUGGAACCAUAGAGUACACCAGCAUUGAUGCCCACAAAGGACUUGCCCCAUCUAGACGUGGCGACCUCCAGAUUUUGGGUUUCUGUCUUCUUCACUGGCUAUGUGGGUCUCUGCCUUGGGACAGUAGUCUCAAGAACCCAGCUCAGGUUCAGGAGGCCAAGACCAGACUGAUGGAUGAUCUGCCAGACUCUGUAAAGCAGCUGUCAGUGGGCAGAGCCAGUACAGAUGAGGUAGCUGCAUUCCUCCUCUGUGUGAAAACACUGGACUACAAAGAUAAACCAGACUACCAGCAUCUCAAGGACCUGCUGGCCAGUGCCCCAAGGACCUGCAGGGGAGUAAUGCCUCAAGGACCUGCAGGGGAGUCGUCCACCAAGGUAGUAGAUCCUCGUGCCAGGGAAAAGCAGAGAGCGGGACACGCCAGAGGAUCCCCCAAAGCCAAGCCUUCGGCUGUAGUCAUGGAUGAAGAAGUACAGGAAGGUGCGAAGUCUAAACCAGUGCCAGCUCAGUACAAAAGUGGACCUCGCCUCACUAAAGCUCAGUUACAGAAGGAAAAAGACUUGCCUGCUGUCAGAAGACCACAGAGGCCAAGGCCCAAACACGUACAGACUUAUGACGAUGAUAGUGAAGAUGAUGAUGAAGAGGAGGCCAGACCCAGACCUAUUCCCGCAUGCUAUCUCAGACCCCCUCCAAUAGGCCCCAGAACUAAUUUGAAACAGAAAACUAAAUCCGAAGGGACCUCCAGGAAAAGAGGCAACCUGACUGUGACCUCAGCGAGACAGGAGGAAGGAGUCCACCCACAAAGGAGAAAACACAUAUUCCUGGACUGUGACAGUAAGAGCCAAACACACAUGAACGGCAGAGAAAGAUGGGAUGAAAGGUUACACGACCAUACAUCAGGUUACAACCAUCUACACUGGUGGGACAAUGACCUCUGUUAUGAACACAGAGACAACUUCAGUGACUCGGAAAGGUCGGCUCUCAAAGGUCCAGGACAGGAAGCUGGUCCCACGCAGAGGAAAGGCUUGUUGCCCUGGUUUGUCUUUGUAGGGGUCGCCCUUUUCUUUGGUGCUUGUGUUCUUGCAGCCAAAACACAUGCAAACCCUUUUGAUUAA